UGUCAAAGUAGGUAAUUAUUUUGUCAAAUCAAAACCUUGAAGUGAAGUGAUGUAAAGAAUUAAGAUUUCUUCCAAAAUAAAUUUUCGUAACAAAUAACCAUGGCAGGACGAGAAAGAGCUGUUUCGCGCGUUUUGGAUAAGUUAGAAGCUUCCGUCAAUUCUGGCCAAUAUUACGAGGCGCAUCAAAUGUACAGAACACUCUAUUUCAGAUUUUCGAGUCAAAAAAAAUAUCCCGAGUUAUUAAAUUUGCUGUAUAAAGGAUCUACUCUAUUACUACAACGUGAUCAACAAGGCAGUGGGGCUGAUUUGGCAAUACUUUUGAUAGAUGUUCUAACAAAAUCCGAAACGAAACCGUGUGAAGAAUGGAUAGAAAAAAUAGCAAAGUUGUUUGAAAGUAUGAGCUCAAGUAUUCCUGAAAGAGAGUCCUUCCUCACAAGCGCUGUCAAAUGGUCCAUGGAUGGCAGUAAAAAAGGUCAUCCUUUACUUCACAAGAAAAUAGCAGAAGUGUAUUGGAGAGAAAAGAAGUUUUCUUCAGCACAUAGACACUUUCUGCACUCUAGUGACGGUGCUGCAUAUGCCACCAUGCUAAUAGAGUUGCAUACAUCAAAAGGUUUCAAAUCUGAAAUAGAUUUGUUCAUAGCUCAGGCUGUUCUGCAAUGUCUUUGCCUGCACAAUGUAAAGAUGGCCUCAGAAGCAUUAAAUAAGUACACAGGAUCACAUCCUACAAUAAAAAAUGAUAAAGGACCACCAUACGAUCUUCCACUGUUAAAUUUUUUGUGGUUUCUCUUGAGAGCCGUUGAAGAGAAGCAUGUCAUGCAGUUUAAAAUAUUAAGGCGCUGUUAUGCAAUAAGUAUAAAACGAGACCCCAAUUACUCAGGUUAUUUAGACAAAAUAGGUCGUAUUUGGUUUGGAAUAGAAAUACCACAGGAUGGUCGGAAUUCCAAUUCUAUGUUUGGUGGACUUCUAAAAUCCAUUAUAGGAGAUGUUGAUGGUGAAUCUUCAGAUGACGAAGGGGACUUGGCAGCAAAUUGUGCACCUGUUCCAGACUUAGAUUAGAGUGUGUUUUAAUAGGAACUUAAAAAAUAACAAUGGAAUUAGUUAUAUUUGAAUAAUUGUAAUGGGGAAAUAAUAUUUGUACAUUUGGUAAAAGGUCAGGUUAUACCUGUCAUUGAAAGUUACUUCUUUAUGAAGAGUAUUUUAUAUUUUGUUGAAAUAGCAAGUAUAUGUCAUUAUAAGUAUCAAGACUCACAACAAUUUGUCAAUAUUUUUUACCAAUUCAAUUGUAAAACAUGUUUGUAUUGUAAAAUUAAAAGCAACAACUGUUAUAUAUAGCAUGUUUAUGAUUGAAAUUGUUGAUUUUGAUUGUAUUAUAUAGAUUAAUUACAUAAUAAUAUGUU